AUGAAAUAUUCCGAGCUUCUGGGAACGCCGGAACCGAUCCGUCGCUCACAGGCGAUUAUCUACUACAUUGACAACGACAAAUGGUGGAUCACAGUGACUCUGCUAGGCCCCGUCGCUAAACUUCUUGAAAAUGUCGCCAUGCAGCAGCAGCAGCAAGCUUCAAAGCGUGAGCGACGCGAAUUCUUCCGGGGCUUUGUCCAACAGCUUAAUUACAAGUUGCUCCCCCUCCUAGCCGACACUGUGACUGAGAUCAUACUGGGCGAGGAUGAGAAGAACGAGGAGGAUGAGACGGAUGAGAAUUCCACAACGCCGGGACUAGAAGCUGAGGUCACAGUGGACACUACCACGAACAUGACGGAGACGAAGGGCGACGCCAAUUCGACGUUCUUAAGAUGCAGAAUUCAGGAAGACCCUCUUAGAGUCGUCUAUCCUUCGUGCGACGAGUUUCGUUCCUUCCGCAGGAUCAACUAUGAGGAGCUUACGAAGGGUGCGAACAUCACAGACUAUGUAUACUGGGUCAGCAACGGUGGGGCUCAGUAUGUCCUCAAGAAGAUCAACCGUCUUAUAUACUGGCCCGGCGAUACCGAAGUUAUCUGCAAGGAGCUGGAAAAUCUUGAGUAUUUCGCAGGUGUCCCAAAUAUCGCACAGGCGGCGGGGGUCGCGGUAUCUAUGAACCCUUACCAGACAUCGACUACAGGCGAGAAACAACUAGUGAUAGUUGGAAUCCUGCUUGAGGCAUAUCCUGGUGGAUCUCUACAGCAAACCCUUACGGAGCGUCGUGUCGCAGAGUACUGCUGGCAGAAAUGGGCUGUUCAAAUUGGAACUGCAUUGGAGUGCUUUCACAAGGCUAAGAAAACUCAUAUGGACCUAAAACCUUCGAAUAUUGUUCUCGAUAAGGAGGGGAAUGCAGUGCUUAUCGACAUUAGCGGUAUAGGAGGGUUCACUUGGGAGUGGUGUGCACCAGCGCUCUGGGCGGAAGACAGGACUUUGCCCUUUGAGCAUACAUUUGAAGAGCGCCAAUUUAACGACAUUUGGGCUUAUGGGAGGAUUCUCUCAGAGAUUGCAUCACAGGCAGGAGAUGGCCCGUAUGUGGAGACGUUGCACCAGGUUGCGGACACUUUGAUGGUGGACGAUAUCGGGACACAGACGAGUUUGUCGAGUGCGCUGUCGCAGCUCAAGGAUGCGGACAACCGGGCAUGA